AUGGCAGGAACAGGAGUUCCGCCAAUCAACAUCGAGGGCACCGCUGAUUGGUCAUCCUUGAGUAGGAUGAUGAACAGCAAGGGGAUUCAAUUCUCCAAAGCGAGGACGGCGGGUACCAGUGUGAAGGUAUUCACAAAUACACCAGCUGACUACCGUCAGCUGGUCGCACUGCUGGAAUCCAUCAAGCGGCCCUUCUUCACCUAUCAACUGAAGGAGGACAGGAUGGACCAGAGGGUCAUUCGUGGGCUACCCAGAGAGAUGUCAGUCAAUGACAUCAAAGAGGAUCUAGUGAGCCAAGGCAUCGCAGACGCCGAGGUUCAGCAGAUGACCUCAAGGACCACAAAGAAGCCACUUCCGCUCUUCCUCGUCAAGACGAAGAUGCUGGAAAAGCUUGCAGAGAUCCAGAGGCUGGCCAUGCUCACGGUCAGCUUCGAGAGGAAGAAAAAGUCUUCCGAGCCCAGCCAAUGUUACCGCUGCCAGCGGUACGGGCACACACAGCGGAACUGUCGUCUCGCUGAACGGUGCGUUAAGUGA